CUCCUCCUCCUCCUCCCCCCCCCCUGCCUCACCGACACCGGCUGCUUGGGGAAGCCACCACGACGCGUAUUCGUGGUCGCUCACGACAAUUGAAUUUGCGCGAGCGUGGGGCGUGAUCACCUGUUCCGAGGCGCACGAUGACACAGUUUGCAUUUGCACAGUCACCAACGCACAGCGCCUCUGGUACUGGCAGAUAUUAGGAUAUAAUAAUACGGCUAUAAUAGCAAGGAAACAACCGUGUGUGUGUGUGUGUAUAUAUAGACGACACAACUUAUAUUUUAAAAAAACAUAUGAUAUAUAAUAAACAUUACACGAAAAACAAUAUUAAGGGACGACAAGGCUACAAAUUGAACGGAGCAGAUAGCCUGAGGAUAAUUGAUUGGUAGUUGAGCCCCACAAAUUUGCUCAGUUCACUCACCUAUCGGGCUCACUUUCUCGUUGGCGGACGUCGCAAUUUGGUUCAGCGAUGAGCGUCAAUCAGAAGGCCAACGUCUACGAGUCUCACCAGAAUUACGACAACGAUGCGUUCGACGGCUCGCGUUCCGGCUCGCCCACGGCCUCGGUCCGCACAAUGUCGGCGAGCAGCGCUUUCGGCGUGCCGAGCCACAAGGAGAUGCUCACGGAGCCGGCCUCCACGGCGGGGGCCGGCCUGGCCCUCGCUGUGGCCCAAGACCAGCAACCGGGAUGCUGCGGCAAGGUCGGCAAGGCCAUCCGAGGGUUCUGGGGAACGCGCCUCACCGAAGUCAAUGCCACUCGGGAGCAAUACUUCAAGACGACCCUCCGUGAACUCAUCAUUUACGUCGUCUUCCUCAUUGAUCUCUGCCUGUUGACGUUUGGGAUGAUGAACACCAACACGUACUAUUACACGAAGGUGAUGAUGGACCUGUUUGUCGAAUCCCCGGUCUCUCCCAUUGAUGGGACCAACUUCAACAGCAUCAGCAGCAUGGACGACUUCUGGAAGGUGGUGCAGGGUCCGGUGCUGGAUGGCUUAUACUGGGAGAAGUGGUACAACGGCGACCAGCUUCCCGUCAACCUAUCGUUCAUACAGUACGAGAACGUCAUGUUGGGCGUACCCAGGGUCCGGCAGCUCAAGGUGCGCAAUGGCUCCUGCACCAUUUACCCCCUCUUUCGGAACAUCAUCCCCGGAUGCUACGACGGAUACUCGUGCGGUGAAGAAGACAAAGAGACAUUUGGAAGAGGCACGGGCACCGCAUGGAAGUAUUGGUCAGAAGAAGAGCUAUCUGGGUCAUCCCACUGGGGACUGCUGGCUCAAUAUAGCGGAGCCGGCUACUACAGAGACCUCUCGCGCCGCAAGAACGAGAGUGCACCGAUGCUGCAGGAGCUGAAGGACUACCUCUGGCUGGACCACGGAACUCGAGCCGUUUUCAUUGAUUUCACCACCUACAAUGGGAACAUCAACCUGUUCUGUGUCGUCAGGCUGGUGGUCGAGUUCCCACUCACCGGAGGAGCACUGCCCUCAUACCAGUUUCGCACCGUGAAGCUCAUCCGCUACGUGAGCGCCUUCGACUACUUCAUCAUGGCGUGCGAGGUCAUCUUCUGCUGCUUCAUCCUCUACUAUGUGGUCGAAGAGUGCCUGGAGCUGCGUCUCCAUGGCAUGAAAUAUUUCAAGAGCGUGUGGAACUGCCUGGACAUCAUCGUGAUUGUGCUCUCGAUGGUCGCCAUUAUCUUCAACAUCUGUCGAACCAUCGCUGUGAGUAACCUACUCGGAGCGCUGCUCAAUGAUCCCAACAUCUACGCCGACUUUGAAUACCUCGCCUUCUGGCAGACACAAUUCAACAACAUGUUGGCCAUCAAUGUGUUCUUUGCCUGGAUCAAGAUCUUCAAGUACGUGAGCUUCAACAAGACCCUGACGCAGCUCUCCUCCACGCUGGCUCGCUGCGCCAAGGACGUCCUGGGCUUUGCCGUCAUGUUCUUCAUCAUCUUCUUCGCCUACGCGCAGACAGGAUACCUCGUCUUCGGCUCUCAAGUGGAGGACUUCAGCAGCUUUGUGAACUGCAUAUUCACGCAGUUCCGCAUCAUCCUGGGCGAUUUUGAUUUUCAUGCCAUCGAGAACGCCAACCGGAUCCUGGGCCCCAUCUACUUCACCACCUACAUUUUCUUUGUCUUCUUUGUUCUGCUGAACAUGUUCCUGGCCAUCAUCAACGACACUUACACGGACGUGAAGGCAGAGCUGGCGGACACGAAGGACGAUUUUGAGAUUGGCGACUUCUUCAAGCAGGGUUACAAGAAUAUGCUGAACAAACUGAAAAUGAAGAAGGAUGACAUCGCAGACAUGCAACGUGCCUUGGACUCAGCUGGAAAGCACUUAGAAUAUGACAUCUGGCGCAAGAAUCUCAAACAGCUAGGCCACUCUGAUGAGGAAAUCGCAGCUGCCUUUUCCAAGUUUGACAAGGACUCGGACAAUGUGUUAGACGAAGAUGAGCAGAAACAGCUGAGAGCGGAGCUUGAGGGACAGAAGGAUAAAUUAAAUGAGGAUAUUGAGGCUCUGAAAACCAUGGAUAAUUCUGGGAAACCUGGAGAUGCAUCUCGCGUGACAAAGGACGACUUCAACAGGUUUGCCUCCCGGGUUGCUAAGAUGGAGAGCUCCAUGGACAGUCUCAUGUCCAAGGUGGAGUCCCUGCUGACCAAGCUCGAGAUGGACACACCUGAUAACAAAGAACACAACGUACGCAACAAUUUCCACCAGAAAGAAAAUGACAAUAAUAAGGACAACAUUCUGUGAUUGUCAGGGAUGGAAACCUGCAGAAUACCAUUGGCAAGAUACACGUGACCAACAUCUAACAAUAUUUAAGAAGUCAAACACUGGCCCAUAAUCCAUUCCAAAAUAUAUCAUAAACCUGAUCCAAAAAAGUCAUGGAAUUCUCAGUUCACAAUAAAAUAGUUUAAACCCUUUAUGGAUCCCCAAUAAAUGAUUGGCUCCUUAAAUGACUAGUAAUAUAAUGCCUUUAAAGCCUCUAGAGAGGGGAUCUCUCUUAAGCUCCCUGUAGUGGAGGCCUUUCCACCAGCAAUGACGUGAACAAGCAAUUGCAGGCCUGGGAUGUUACCUUUCAUCCUUUAAGUCUACAUACACUGUGUGGUUUCGGUGUGAUGAUCACAUGCCAUUGAUCACAUCUAAAUAACAUGUUAAAUCUAGGCCUUUACCAAAAUGUAGAGAAAAGUAUUUCUCAUUUAGUGAACAAGUAUCAAAUGUGCAGCAACUGUAUACAUUGCAACAGCCCUGUGUCAUAAAAUAAGAAGAGACCCACCUCUCCACAGUAGAAUGCUCUAUGGUAAUUAAGCAAUUUAAUUUCACUAUUGAAAUACUAACAAACCGAUUGUAAAACUGUAAAGAAAUCCACUGCAUUUUAUGCAUUCAUUCAGUAAACCACAUUCGAGGCUUACUUAAUUAUGCGACUGAGAUCAUCAUUCAAAGAGCCAUAAUCCUCUCUUGCUUUUAAGGUGCCAAAUUUUACAAAUAAAAUUCAAAAGGGCAUUCAUUGACUUGGGCCCUGCGAAGGGGCAUAGUUCAGAUGAGGGUGGGGCAUUGAUCGAUUUUCUGCAAUGUCAGCAGAUUUGGCAUACGAAAUAUAUAUAAAAGCUCAAGUGCUCCUGUGAUUACAGGUGUUUAUGAAAUAACUUAUUAGCAAGCUUGUAUCUGAGCCCUAAGGCAUUGGCCAGCAUUGAGAAAACAUAUCAACCGGUAUCACCUAUUUACAAUUUGGUGUUACAUCAUAAAGGAUAUAUUCAGUCCAAUUCCACAUUUCUAGAUAUAAAGCAGCCCACCGGCACUUGCUCUCCAUGGCAAUCAGACUGAUAAAGUUGUGCUCUUGCUAAUAGCUGACAGUGUUUCUGUAUUAGCAGCUUACAACCCAUUUAGCACUGUGGAGGCAACGAUUGGUGGAUCACACAGAUGUUGUGAAACUCCCUUUCCUCUGGGCGUCGAUCUGUCAUACCCUGGCUUGCCACGAGCAGGCAGUACUGCAAGUGGACUAAUCCCCAUUGGUGUCCAUUUGUACGGGGAUGGAGUAUUGCCCCUCACGUGUGGUUGGGGUUUCUCCAGGUGCUCCGGUUUACUGAAACAUGAAUAAUAACUAAUUUAUUGGCUUAAACAUCUCAAAAUAAAAACCCCAAUGCAGGACCCUCCUGAAAAAAGAGGUUUUUUUUUACUUUGUGUUCCAAAGAGCUAUUUAUGAGCUAUUACAUGACAUUGGUAUAUCCAUGGGCUCAGUGGAUAAACUCUAAAUUGAAAAUGUCAACAUCAAACAACACUAAAUCCAAACUCCGAAUACACGACGCUAUUGCCUAUUAUCAAAUGGAGGUGAAGUGUGCAGAUAUGCAGGUAAUAUAUGAAUGGUGGCGUCAUAGACAACAUUAUUUUCAUAAAUAAAAACAACGGAUUGCCAUUAUUCAACUUCAAAUACUGAAUAAUGGUAAUUACUAAUAAUCACCAUAAUUGCGCUUUAAACAUUAGACUGGGUAUAAGUAACAUUUGGUUGCAAAUAUGAAUGUAGUUCAUUGAAGGUAAAUGUAAUUUAUACAGGAUAUAUUUCAUUGUCAUUGUAUAAACAGUAUAAGAAUUUAAAUUUUGAUUUAAAGCUUUCGUGACUGCAGUAAUUCAUAUUCUUAGUUUUUUCGGUAAAGUCACGUUGAAGAGAAACAACAAAAUAAUAAAAUAUAUAUAAAACAAAAACAUUCUCACGACGUUUCGACCAUAACUCAAGGUUACAAGAAUUUGUUUAAAAUUAAAUGUGUUAAUUGUGAAGUCACUAAAGGUAAUUUUCAAUUUUGCAGCAGUGUCAAAAAUUAAGGUGUUGAAACUAGUUCAAUAUGUAACGUACUUAACUGCACUUCAAUAUUGAAUUGCACUUGCUGGUAUUUCCUUUAAGGGAACCUUUAAAUUUAACUUGGUAAAUGUAUAACAUCGUAUAUUUGACAUAGCUGCAAUGAUAAAGAAAAUCCUUUACUAUGUGUUAAGAAAAAACUAUACAGUAAAUAUGGUAUUUACUAUCAUUACAUUAAUGGCAGGGAUUUAUAUAUUCAAAAUAAUAUCAUCGUUGCAAUGUAUGCAUGUGGAUAAUUAUUUAAAAUAUGCUGACAGCAUGAUUUGCUCCUUCAUGUGUGCACGUGCGUGCAUCUGCGUGUGCAUUAGGCAGCUUCGGGUGUAGUUCACAAGUAACAGCAGCUCUAUGAAUUAUGAAAUCAGCAGCUACAUUUCUUUUGUGGUCAUUGAUCACAUGUUUUUUCAGUCAUUGUGGAUGUUUAGAUGUCGCCCAUCUCUGAGUGGGUUUAACCCCCCUGCAUAUUGUUUUGGCUCGUGUAAACAUGCCCUCGGGAACCGUCUGUCAAUUCAGUAGUGGUUGGCAUUAGUCCCUUGUGCAAGGAAUUAAAUGGGGUCCACUCCUAUCCCAAUUCUCUGUAGCCCUGGGCCUGGGCACCUACCGGCCCCGUGGCACAGCUGCAAUUGCACCACCUGUACAGUCGAUAUCGAGACCACUGGGUCAAAGCAUAGCCCUUUAAAUUCAAUAUGAACAUGGAUAUUCACACGCUGAGUUUUGUAGCACGGUUGGCUAUGUACGGUGCGAAAGAAGUUCAACAUGCAUACAUUAACACAGAAGUUAUUUAUGCGAACCACUUCAUUUUAAUUUGGAUGAAACCCUUCACAUUAUUCUUAAGAUUAUCAUGCAUGGGAUUAAAAUCAUAGUAUUACAACAUUAUUAUGGGUUUUGGUAUAUACGGAUUGAGGGUGGUGCCAUACAUGCUUAUUUGCCUGCAUGUGCUUACGUAAAAAUAUGUGCCUAUAAGCUUAGCACUUGUAUGUAUUACUUUUAUGUAAGAAACCCUCUAGAUGAUGCGAGACAUAUAGUUGUGUAAUUUAUAGACUUGUACUUCAAUAGUGUGUACUGUCUGCAACAAGUUGGCAAUAUCUAACAGCUUCUGUAUUAUCAUUAACAGUCGUAGGGUGGUUAUAACUGGCCCUCUUAACGUAUAGUUGUGAUUCUAUGGAAUGCCCCGUCACAUUUCUUGAUGUCAAGUAAGAUAAUGUAUAUACAAAAACAAAUACUGGCUCGUGUAAUGUAGGUUUUUUUGUUUGCCAUUUUUCAAGUUUCAAUGCAUUGUGCAAUAAUAUGAAACCUGUGUUUUCGUGUGUAAGACUCGUCACAUUAAGCCGAGGACUUCCAAUAAGCGUUUUAUCUGGCUCCAGUUAAUCAGGUUUUAUUUUCACCGUGUACCAAUGCACAUAGUUUCUAAACAUUAUCACGGCACGUGCAUAGUGCAGAACAGACUUGGUAUUACUUGACAUCAAUGUGAUAUCCCAGUUUUAGUGAAAACAUUCGUUAAUUGUGAGUCAUUUGUCUGUGUGUUAAUCAAUGUGCAUACAUUUUCACCAAGUUUUCAUGAUGUAAAAAAACGGUCUUCAGUACUUUAUUUACGUCCACUGUUGGCAGUUUUUCAGACAGUUCUAAACUUCUUAAUGACAAUUUAUUUUCUUCUUUGGUUCUUUCGGUAAAGUCACGUAGAAUGAGAAUAAAAUAAUAAAUUGAUAAAAUAAAAUAACACAAUAUUUUAUUUUUAUUUCACCAAACCAACGGCUAUGUUUAUCAGUUACUUGGGUGUGAUUUUCCAGGGAACAUCAAAGGAAAUAUACGAUUAUUUUUUUUCUCAAAAUGCUAUCACACAAAUACAUACACUUGUAAAAUAAACUAUACAAUAUCUUUUAUUUCAGUUAUAUGUCCCAGUUUGCAAUUGUCAUCUGUCAACAAACCUCAGUCGCUAUGAAUAUGAAGUACAGAAUGGAGAUGAUCACAAUAUCAUUCAUUUGAUGAAGACAAUUUUCUGAGAGCAUUUUGAAAUAUGGUGCAUACAAUAAUACUGACGUAUAAAUUGGUUAUGAAAUGAUGCUGCUCAUAUGAGUAAGAAAUACCAAUUCCUUUCACAUCUCUUAAGUGGGGAGAAGGCAAAGAGGUCAGUUAAAACCUUCAUGUGUUGCUGCUAUGCAAUUAAAAUGUUAUUUUAAAUUCAACCAACCUAUAUUUAAUGCACAUUGACAGCCCUUUCGUCGGGCUUUUAAAUAUGUUUAGUUUAACUUGCAAACACCUACGUAAUAUGUGUAAUAGAUAAUGGACAAUAUUAAGCAUGGAAAAUAAAGCAUGUUAAAUUAA